AACUGAACCUACCAUUCCACCUGUUGUCCACGGCCUUGAAAACUUAUUAUUUGUUGAGUCUCACGCUGACCAUCAUGUCCUUAAAUAAAUCGAGAGUUCUUCGAACAGAACCGUUGGACUACAAGGAAGCGAAGUGGGCAACAUUGGUCAAGACAACUUACACUGACCCGGAAGGUGUUGAACGCACCUGGGAGUCUUCCGAACGUCUCACCCGCCCCGCUGGCUCUGAUAUCGAUGGUGUUGGUGUUGUAGCUAUCCUUCAGGAUCCGUCGAAGCCAGAAAGCGAACCACGAAUACUCCUCCAGAAGCAAUGGCGUCCGCCCGUCGAUGCUACCGUUAUCGAGGUGCCUGCUGGCUUGAUCGACCCGAAGGAGACACCCCAGCAGUGUGCUGUACGCGAGUUGAGGGAAGAGACAGGCUAUGUAGGAGAAGUCGUGGAUGGUGGCUUCGGAGUGAGCCCCGUCAUGUUCAAUGAUCCAGGUUUCUGUAAUACAAACCUACGAAUGAUCCACCUCACAGUCAACCUCUGCCUUCCCGCAAACCAAAAUCCUCAACCCGAACUCGAAGAUAACGAAUUCAUCGAGACCUUCUCUAUUCCUCUCAAAGACUUAUGGGCUGAGUGCAGGGAAUUCGAGAAGAACGGAUAUGCUAUCGAUGCGAGGGUGGGAACAUUAGCUGAAGGGGUAGAGUGUGCUCGGAGGUGGAAAUUAUAAUGGUGAUGAUUUGGAAGUAUUAUGGCCUGUAGAAAGAGACAGUCUGGCACCAUCCAAGAAAUGGG